AUGGAUUGUGGAGGAGGAAGAAGGAAAAAGGAGGAGGGUGGUAGUUGUAGCAGGGGUGAGUUAGGCGAGAGACAGGAAGGUGAAAGCUCACUCAACGGUCUCUCAACGCACCAAGUCUCCCUCAACCAACUGGUGAAACCUGAAAACAGAAACGCUACCAAAAUGUCCUCCUCCCCGAAAGCAGAACCACCCACCACAACCUCCAUCAUCCGAGGCGCAACCACCGAGUUCUCCACCGUGCACCCAGAUAUCAUCGAGGCCCACAUCCUCACCCGCCUCAACGGCCCCGCUCUCGCCUCCCUCAGCUGCGUCUCCUCCACACUCCACUCUCUCUCCACCCAAGACCACCUUUGGUUCCACAUCUGCCACUGCAAUUGGCCCUCCACCGUGACACCACGUGUUCGCCACGUCAUCUCCACGUACCCAGAAGGAGGCCCACGCUCUUUUUUCGCCCAUUCAUACCCUCUCCCAAUCAUGCAUCCAACCUCCACAUCAUCAAAUUCGAAUUCGGCCCCACCUUCAGAAUUAAUCUCAGCCGUUGAUAUUCACUACCAAAACGAACUCAUUUUUACGAAGGUCCUCGAGACUGAAACCGUGACAGGGUGGUUCCGAUGCUCACCUUUCAGAAUUGACAUGUUGGAACCCAAAGAUGUAGUUUCGACACCAAUAGAACACCCAAAUGGUGAUGACACGUGUACGGCUCUAAUGGACGACAUGACGCUGAGCUGGAUUUUAAUCGACCCAAUCGGACGGCGAGCAGUGAACUUAUCUUCUAACAAGCCCGUUUCGGUACAGAGACAUUGGUUGAGUGGUGAAGUCCAGGUGCGGUUCGCUUCAAUUUUAGCCAGUAAUAAUCAAAAAGGGUCCGUCUCGGGAUUCGUGCAAUGCGAGAUCGUGGUCACGUGCAGUGGGUCCGAGGGAGGGGAGAUGCAAGUGAGCGAGGUGAGCUUGGAGGUGGAGGACAUGGAUGGGAAACAUUUGAAUGGGAAGGAUAGUUUGGUCAUUUUGCAACGCGCAUUGGAGGGCAAAAAAGGUAAAGGAAAGAAUCGGGAGGAAGAAGGGAGGAAGAGCCAAAGGAAGUUUUUGAAAAUGAAAAAAGAGAGAAAAGAAAAGAAGUUGAGGAGAGAGGGCACGAUGGACAUCUUGUGUGUGGUUUUUGGAGUAACUGUUUUUGCAACGUUUUGUUUCUUUAUAUUCGGCAAUUAAAGAGGUCGGUGUAUAUAGGUGGUACCGUAAACUUAGACAACUUUAGAUGUGUGAUAUUUAGUUGAAUAUAUUUUAAUGAUUUACAGAGUAAGACAUGAUUAGAGAAAAAAAUAUACUAUAAUUAGUCAACUGUUGUACA